AUGGACAAUGACGAACCUCUUGAAUUGGAGACAAAAGAUGAGAACGAGCUUGUGCUGGCAUCACAGAACAGUGAUGAGACGCUCUACUGUGAGGCCGAAGCACCCAUGACUGUUGAAAAAGAGAAACCAGCCCGGGAGAGUUCGGAAACAGACCUAGAGAUCGAAGAUUUCGAGAAAUAUUUCACCACUGGACAAAAGGAGUUGUACCUGGAGGCCUGCAAACUGGUGGGCGUAGUGCCCGUCUCCUACUUCAUCCGGAACAUGGAGGAGUCCUACAUGAACCUCAAUCACCAUGGGCUGGGCCCCAAGGGUACCAAGGCUAUUGCUAUAGCCCUGGUGUCCAACACAACUAUUAUCAGCUUGGAGCUGGAAGACAACUGUAUGAUGGAGGAGGGCGUCACCAGCCUGGUGCAGAUGCUGCACGAGAACUACUACAUCCAGGAGCUGAAUAUUUCCGAGAAUGAUCUCGGUUUGGAGGGAGCCGGAAUCAUCUCACGCUUUCUCCGUAGAAAUAUCUCUUCACUCUGGAAUCUUCAGCUUUCAGGAAAUAACUUCAAAGAAGAAUGCGCAGAACUGUUGUGCCAAGCCAUGUCGUCCAAUUACAGAAUUAAGAAACUGGAUCUGAGUCACAAUCAAUUCUCUGACAAGGGAGGAGAGCAGCUGGGACAGAUGCUGGCCCUCAAUGUAGGGCUCCAGAUGCUGGAUCUGAGCUGGAAUCAUAUCCAUACACGGGGCGCUGUGGCCUUGUGCAAUGGUCUCCGGUCUAAUGUGACCCUGAAGACACUGGACCUCUCCAUGAAUGGAUUUGGCAACAACGGGGCUCAGGCCAUAGGGGAGGUCAUCAAACUCAACAACUCCCUGGCCUACCUAGAUCUCAGUAGCAACGACAUUACCAACGAUGGAGCUGCCAAGAUCAGCAGAGGAAUGGAGUCCAAUGAAAGCCUCAAAGUCCUGAAGCUUUUCCUGAACCCUAUGACAAUGGAGGGGGCUGUUUCACUUAUCAUGUCCAUCAAGAGGAACCCCAAAUCCAAGAUGGAAGAGCUAGACAUUUCCAAUGUGCUGGUGUCUGAGCAGUUCGUGAAAAUAUUGGAUGGGGUGUGUGCCCUUCACCCCCAGCUGGAUGUAAUAUACAGGUCAGUGCAAGUCCUCUCCAGCAAGAAAACCACCCUCCUAUGGACAAACCCCAUGAAACUAAUCCAGACCUAUGUGGACCAGCAAAAGAUCACAGUCUUAGACUUCUUCAAGAGCUUGAACCCUGCUGGAACGAUGACGAUGCCUGUGGGGGAGUUCCGGAAAGCAAUGAUACAGCAAAGCAAGGUACCUGUGAACCGGUACCAAAUCAGGGAACUGAUAAAGAAGCUGGAUGAGAAGAAGACAGGCAUGGUGGACUUCAGCCUCCAUUGCUACGACUGCUUGUCUGCGGAAUCCUUCACUACCAGCUCCGAGGAUCCCAGGCGACAAGCCCACUGUCCACACUUCGAAGCAGCUCCCACCCUGCAGGCCCAGGUCACCUGUUUCCUGCAAAAGCCCCAGCUGGCUCCCAGCUUCCUGCUGCCGGUGAACCAGUCCCUGCCCUCCCUGGGUCUGUUUGCCACCUUCCUCUCUGCCCCUGGUGCAGGGAUCAUGGCAGGCAGCCGGGUGGACACCUCCUCCACAGGGCCAGUUUCACUUUCUGUUUUCUCCACCAAAGCAGGACCGCACAGGCCCGGGGCUGCAGCACCACCUCAGGGCGAUGGUGUGGAGGGUGGAGGUCGGAAAGAUGGGCUUCUGGGCCUCCUGGGCAUGGGGAGAAAGGGGGCCACCAGGCUUCUGUGUCCCACGUCCAGCCCCGCCCAGCCCAGCCAGAGCCCACCCGCCGCCCUGCAGGAAGCCGGCUGGCGGCGCCGGCUGCGGCGUGACCUUGGGCUGCAAACGGGCAGCCCGCGGCGGCUUCCUGCCCCCUCGCCGCUGGCCCCGGGUGGCGCUGGCACGAACGCGCUUCGCAUGCGAAGUGCUCGCGCCUGUGCCCGGCCGCCCCGAGGCUCAUUUGUUACUCACUGCUGA